CGUUGGACCGUGGCACGAUAGCUAUCCGGUGUACAUUUAAUUGUUGGUGGAUCAAAAAGGCAGCAUUCCUGACUUGACUCCUGACGCCGGUGGUACAUGUAUACCUCGAUCAGUCACCCAACCGACCUUUUGUUUUGUGUCGCAUGGACAAAAAGAUACCCAUUUGCAGUAAACAGUCACUGACUCAUUUUCAGACAGGGUGAAACUUUCGAAGAGCACCAACAGACCGAUACAUUUUAAUCCAACCUGUCGCCGACGGUUUCACAUGUAAUCAAGUAAGGUUUUUCCUUACAUACCUUUGCCGUGAAAAUGAUCCUUGGUAGACUCCUUCCUUUCUGUGUUUUGCUGACGGCACUUCAGUUCGUCCCCGCCCAACCGCAGUAUUGUGCGACCAACCCUUGCAUGAACGGUGGAACGUGCAUGGCAAGCCCGAGUAUGACGGACUACUUUUGCGCGUGCCCAAUGGAAUAUACUGGACAGAACUGCACGGAUCCAGUUUUAGGUAUCUGCAUGCCGAAUCCUUGCCUUAACAAUGGAACUUGCAUGCCAAGCCCUGGCAUGACUUAUCGGUGCACUUGUCCUAUUGGCUACUCUGGAAUGAACUGCGAAAAUGAUGCGUGCAGGCCCAAUCCAUGUCACAACAACGGCACGUGCCACCGUGACACAUCGGGGAAUAUGUUCGACUGCAGGUGUCCUGUCGGCUUCAGCGGGGGCACUUGCCAGACUGAUGCAUGCCAACCCAAUCCGUGUCGCAACGGAGGCACGUGCAUUCGGGACACCUCAGGGAAUAUGUAUGAAUGCACGUGUCCUGUCGGCUUCAGCGGGGGUGAAUGUCAGACUGACGCAUGCCAAUCCAAUCCGUGUCGCAACGGCGGCACGUGCAUCCGGGACACCUCUGGGAAUAUGUAUGAAUGCAUUUGUCCUACCGGCUUCAGCGGGGGCGAAUGUCAGAAUCAAGGUCAGGAUCCUUGUGUGCCCAACCCUUGUCAAAAUGGUGGAGUGUGCAUGUCACAGCUAGGGGGCAUGCACAACUGCACUUGCCAAAAUGGCGCCACGGGCAACAACUGUCAAAAUCUACCCCAAAGCACCAAUAUUACGACAAUCAUCAUUGUCGUUGUUGUGGUCGUGGUCGUCCUUAUUGUGGUGCUGAUUGUCGUCGUCGUUUGCAUCGUCAGAAGGGCAAGACCAAGGCGCAGCGGCGACGAGUCGUCAACUGCCGAAAAGGGACGUGGACAGGAGCUUACAGAGAAGAAAAAGACGAAUGAUUACGUGAAGCGACCUGGAGCACGCUCAAAAGAGUUCCCGCGAGAUAAACUGCACAUCUUCGGUCAGCUAGGCAGCGGGUCGUUCGCUGUAGUUUACAAAGCUGAGGCAGAGGGUAUAGUACGCAAGGGGACCAACACUACAGUAGCCGUCAAGAUGUUGAAAGAAACUGCGACUCCCAACGAUCAGAGUGAUUUCCAGAAAGAACUUCAAUUGUAUUCGAUGCUAGACCGACAUCCCAACGUCCUAUCUAUGCUUGGAUGCUGCACCGAUAAAGAUCCCAUGUACAUCAUCCUUGAGUACGUACCGCAUGGUAACUUGCAGACCUACCUGAGGCAGAUCCGAACGGGAACGGAUCCCACGAAUCUGAACAAGAACGAGUUGGUGAGAAAGAACAACCUGACCCCCACGGAGAUUCUUACCUUUGCCUGUCAGGUGGUGCGGGGAAUGGAGUACUUGGAGUCUAAGCAGUGCAUCCACAGGGAUUUAGCUACCCGUAACAUCCUUCUCGGCGAGGGAAUGAUCUGCAAAGUGGCUGACUUCGGACUGGCAAGAGAUGUGGCCGAGCGAAGCCAGUACGAAAUGCAGUCCCAGGGCAGGGUACCAGUUCGUUGGAUGGCUCCUGAGUCACUGCUCACCAAUAUGUACACUUGUAAGAGUGACGUGUGGUCCUUCGGGGUUUUGCUGUGGGAACUCGUCACGCUAGGAUCGCAUCCAUACCCCGGAAUGUCAUCGCAGAAGGUCAUCAACGAAAUCAAGAAAGGCUACCGGCUACCCAAGCCAGACCACUGCAGCGACGAUGUGUACAAGAUUAUGCAGGACUGUUGGCAGGAGCGACCGGAUGACAGACCCGACUUUGCUCGACUUCACAUCACAAUUGAUGACAUCUUAGCAGAUGCAGCGGGUUACCUAGAGAUGGGAAACCUGAACCAGGAUGAUUACGUCUACCUGGAACCAGGCCAAGAUGCGAGUUCCACCGAGUCUGCCUAGGGAUCGACCAUGUCCAUUUCUCAUGACGGUAUAAAAAGAGGAGACUGGAGCCUCAUCAUAGGUUGGUCCACUGUCACAGGUCUGAAGUUGACCGUAGAGCGACCUCAAGUGACUAUAGACCGAUCAAAACGUGCGAUAUUGUGUCAUGAGCAGCUUGCAACGAAGACGGAGAUAUCGUCUAAAAACAAUAUCCAACAAAGAGACACUGUGGUUAUGAGGUUGAAACUGUAAUGCACGUCAAUAAUACUAACUCAGGCUUGCAGCCGUUUGAAAAUAUGCCACCUUAGAAUUAUAUGCUUUAGUUGAAACACUGUGAAGACAGUGUUAAACUUAUGAACGUAACAGACAUGAAUGAAAAAAUAUUAAUUAAGCUUAAAAUUAUGAAUUAAACUAUUUUUAUUUUUUCAUUUUGCAGCAGUAGGAUUGCAUACACAGGUAUGGUUGAGGGAGACCUUUUUUCAGUUACAGCAACUUCCUUUGCUUCCAAAAUAUUUUGAGAAGAUUCAAGACUAUGCAAACUUUCUUAAUAUAAAUUUUCAUGGGAGCAUAGUUUCCGUAAUGGAACGCACACUAGAUCCGAAGAUCGGGGAAAAGUUUGAUUGAUAUUUAAACUUACGCUCGUUUAAAUCUAUAUGCAUUUGUUUUUUCCGUCAUGAUAUUUUGAGUUUGUUUUCAUAAGGUUCUAAGUUUUAUUACUUUCGAACUCCAAUGUACAACUCUUCUUCAGAGUUUUUUUUAUUUCGUUAAGUCCAUUUGUUGUGUCUUCCUGUAGUUUUAGUGAGGUUCUGUAAAAGUUUUCAGUCUUUGGAUUUUUUUCUGGAUUUUAUCUCUUAAGCAGUCCUAUUUUUUUUAAAUUUUUCUUUCAUAAAGUUGUCGCUUUUUUACUUGUAACAUUUAAAAACAUAACGUACCGUUUUGAAGGUUGUAAAAGUGUAGACAUUAACAAAACUAAAGCGCUGUAUAUCUUUGGUCUCAAGACCAACAUGGUGAGGAGAUUGAAAAAAAUGUACUCCUAAAUACAAAUCUAAUAGAGACCGAAUCUCCACGAGCCUUACGAACAGUGAAACACACAAAUGCUGCAUUUCGGACAAAGCUUAAAGUCAGUGAUGUAUACCCCCCCCACACACACACCCUCGCAGUACAAUUUAAACUGGUCAGGGCCGUAACGAAUUUUCUCCAAGGGCGGAACUAGGGACCAAGGUUUCAGGUUGCAAAAUGUGGGAAUAUCUUUACGUGAGCCAAAAUCUCGAGGGUUUUACACUGUGAGGACAGGCAAAUUAAAUGGUCCCCAAGUCGCCUUUAACCCUAAAACGUUUGCCCCUUUUUCAUACUCUAAACAUGGGAAAAGUGAACUCGUGGCAAUUAAAUGAACAACGAAAAUCUAAAA